UGUUGAAGUAGAUUCCACCCGUGAGUGAUCAGACAGUGCCAAUCUAGACGGCGUUACGAUUACAAACACUGGCGGCUUGUCAAGCGUUUCCGUUGUAAAAUUCCGAAGACUCGAAACCGCGAUUUAUUCAUAAUUAAUUCGUCAUGGCGGUGAAGGUGCUCUCGGGAAAGGUCUUCCUCCUGAUUACCGGCGCCAGCCAGGGGAUCGGCAGGCAAAUCGCUGUGACGUUUUCGGAAUUACUCGAGCCCGGCUCAAAGCUGCUGCUCCUAGCGAGGAGUGAGAAUGGCUUGAAGGAAACUGCGCACAAUGUUUCCAAACGAGUUUCCGUGGACAUCAAGGGCGUUGAUCUGGCUGUUACCACUGCUGAUCAGCUGUCCGAGAUAAUAACAAAAUCGGUCAAUCAAGUGCAAUUUGAUCGCAUCAUCGUCGUCCACAAUGUCGGAUCCAUCGGUGAUGUGUCGAAAUUCACAACUGACAUGAGUGACUUUGAAGAAUGGAGAAAAUAUUACGAUUUGAACGUCUUCUCCCCAGCGAUACUUAACUCUGUUGUCAUGAAACUUUUCAAGGACAAUACGAAGGCUAAGAAAAUCGUUAUUAAUAUUACUUCAUUCGCUGCUAUUCAACCGAUGAAAUCAGUGGGGUACUAUUGUUCUGGUAAGGCUGCCAGAGAGAUGUACUUCAAGGUUUUCGCCGAAGAAUACCCAGAUAUCAAUGUCCUGAACUACUCUCCGGGGCCCGUGGACACCGCCAUGCUUAAGACUUUCUGUACAACUGCAGCUUAUGCCGAUCAACGAAAGAGAACGACUGACAUCAUAGCUAAUAAUCAAAUAUUGACGACUGAGCAGACUGUCAAUCGUCUCGUUGAAGUUCUCAGAGACCAGAAGUACAAUUCAGGAGCAUUCGUCGAUUAUUACGAUGGGACUGAGAAGGCUAGACCUCGUCUUAGUAAAUAAAAAAUCUUUCCGAAGAGAAUUAUGUAUUCUUAAAAAAUUCUACUUAUGAAAAUUAAUGAAUAAAUAAAGGAAUUGUCUUGAGAUGAAUGCAAGAGUUGAGUGAAAAUAAAUUUAAAUGCAUUCACCGAGAGCUUUUCUAUUUUUAGGACUUCUGCACCGAA